GAGCUCAGCUCAGAGAAGAUAAUAAUGAUGGGCGUGUGAGUAGCGCACCGCGAUUUAUCCACACCGGGUACCGAUAGUAAUGCGCACAUGGGGUCGAAGCAGGUGGAGAUAGGGAAAUGUCCAGAACAGGACAAUGGAAACGGCAUCCAGACGAAAAUCACACCUUCAGAAACUGAAAAUGUCAACAAAUAUACACUUGGUUGGCUGAAUGCACCUCCAAAUGCUUGCUGCUUUUGCUGGUGUUGUUGUUGCAGCUGCUCCUGUCUUACAGUACGCCCUUCUGAGGAGAACAAGAAUCAAGAACAAAUCCCUGAGAAGCAAAAUGAGUCUGCUGUAAAGGAACCACCUGGUGUCACUCUAGAAGAGGCAUGUUCAUGGGCACAGUCAUUCGAGCACAUGAUUAAAAGUCCUCAUGGUCGUGAACAGUUCCUACAGUUUCUAAAAAGCGAGUUCAGUGAGGAGAAUAUGCUGUUUUGGCUGGAGUGUGAGAACCUGAAGAAAGAGACCAACAGAACUGUGGUGGAACAGACUGUUAAGCAAAUAUAUGAGGACUAUGUCUCUGUGCUGUCACCUAGAGAGGUAAGUCUGGACUCACGUGCACGGGAUGUGAUUAGCAAGAACAUGAUGGAACCGUCUUCACAAACCUUCGAAGAGGCACAGAUGCAGAUAUACACACUCAUGCAGCGAGAUUCCUAUCCUCGAUACAUGAGCUCCAGCCUGUAUGCAGACCUUCUCACUAGCUUGGAGACAGCUAAAACACCCACAGAGUCUUAACAGGCACAUAUUGGCUUCCACACACACACACACACACACAAUCUAUAAUCCAGUUUCACACACAGAUACCUCUGCAUCGAGCCAAACAGCUAGUUUUUACCACGGCGCCUUGACUUAUCGAAAAUGUACUGUUAUCAGGUUCUUGGUUAUUCUAAUUUUUUUCUCAAAAUUAGUGUUUUUUAAGAUGUAUUGCUGGCUGUACACAAAGCAGAUGGUAUGCUAGAUGAUAGUGUAAAAUUUGCUGUGUGCACUGAAACAGUAAGAAGGAAUAACAUUGAAAUCUAGAUAAUUACACAAGAAAG